CAUCAUGCUGUCGAGGAAGAAUUCAUGUCCUGCUGCCAGUCAUCUCAAGAGGUGGAUGGCGUCUCAAGCAGAAGUCACUGCCCCAGCUCGUUCAACGAUAAUGACCUCUCCUCUCUACAACCCUCCCCUGAAACCGGGUAUCUCUGGCUAUCCUCGCGCAACACCUCUCAAACGUCACCGGAAGGCGCAAGAGGCAAAGCAAGUAGGGGCUGGCCCUGCCAAGUCCGAACAUGACCCGUGGAGUGCGUUCACAUGCAACUGGUUUUGACAAAUGUUGACCAUCGCACAGUCAAAAUGUUGACCUCGAGAACAAGAAUGUGCUGCGUUACUCGAGAAUUGCGACCCGUUGCGCAUCUCAUACGUCUCACCCCCAUAUACUUUCCAUCAACCGGCGAUAGACCACACUCAUUACAACUUUUACCUGACGGGGUCGCUGAGUCAAGCACCGCUUCAAAGGGUAAGAGUCUGUAUGUGACGUGCCAUAGAGACUACAUAAAGCGUCUAUAUGAACCGAAAGGCCCUCAUCUACCGUUCAUCCGCGGAAUAUCAUCCCUCCAACUGCCCCCCAAUCUUGUGGAUAUCAUACAUGCUCAACUCCUCUCCCGGGUGCUUUGGGAACUUCGAUAUAUCCUUCGGCGUAUCAGGCACUUGCCCAAAGGGCAUCUUGAAUCUCAAAAGAAGACUCAAAGAGUGCUCGUGCGGUGGCCGAAUCCUAAAGGUCAAAUGGACAGUGCAAAUGGGGUUGUAGCUUUGCUCGACCUGGCCGGCUUGACACCUGCACCCGUCGACUCACCUUUUGACCUCAAAGAGAUCCCCUUUCCAGCCUCGCUCCCACAGAAUGUCCCCAGCCCAUUGAUGACACCGUUGUCCGAGCACCAGGACGUCCCCACCUACCAUCUAGCCUCCCUCUUCCCUCCUUCGCUUCACGCUUAUCUACACAAAAGUCUUUGGUCUAUAUUCCACGUCGAGAGGCCGAGGGGAGUGCCCAAUACAUCUAGCUCUGAUACCAAGGGCAAAGAGCAGAGUGAACAUGAGCUGUUGGCCAUGAGUACGCUAGAAGCGAGUUCUAAUGGAUCGGCACUAGGGACAGAUGUGGCCAUUGCCCUUUGGAGACUGGUGUGCUUUCACGGAUAUGGCUGGGAACAAACAUAGACGAGAUGCACCCGCUCAUUACCGAGA